AGAGGAGCUGUGGACCAGUGAUCUUCAGGACGGAGAGGAGAGGAAUGUGGACUCCGGUUCGGAUGCGGGAACGACUCCAGUUUUGGAACAUUCACACUAUAGGGAAGAGAGUUCCAUGGAGACCACAUGUGAUAAAAGUCGGGGGAGAAUGGACACGGAAACCUGCUCCAUACAGCUGGAUUUGGCUGUGAAGGAGAAAGACGAUUCCUCCCUCAGCAGGAGCAGCUUCACUGCGCAGAGCCAAAUGAUAGAAUCGGUGAUCGAACAAUUCAUCUGUUCACACUGCGGAAAGAACUUCGAUUGUUUUAGCCGCCUCAAGACACACCAGCAAAUACACUCAGGAGAGAAACCGUACAGCUGUGAAAAGUGUGGGGAGAGCUUCUCUUAUCUAAGUAACUUAAAGAGACACGAGAGGAAUAUCCACAGUGAAAAGAAAUCUAUCCAUGGUUCAUCCUAUGACAGGUUUGAUACAAAAAGAGUCCAUAUUAAUUUACCACACAGACUUCUGCCUGGGGAGAAGCCGUUCGGUUGUACACUGUGCGAUAAAAGUUAUCGUAAGCCAAGCCUUCUUAAGAAACAUCAAGUUGUUCACACAGGAGAGAAACCAUAUAGUUGUGAUAUAUGUGGGAAAAGUUUCUCCUAUGUGUGUAGUCUGAAAUCACAUCAGAUCAGUCACAGUGGGGAGAAGCCUUUCUCCUGUCCGCAGUGCGGAUCCAGCUUUACAAAGAAAGCUAACCUCGAGACGCAUUUAAGUAUACAUGCAGGAGAAAAACCUUUCAGUUGCCCGCACUGUGGAAAAAGCUUUUCCCAGAAAAGUAAUCUUAAAGCUCACGUUAGGGUCCAUACAGGUGAGAAGCCGUUUUGCUGUGAUGAGUGUGGUGAAUGCUUUAUUCAUGCUAAUAGUCUGAAAACCCACAAGCAGAUUCAUACUGGGAAGAGACCUUAUAGUUGUGAAACUUGUGGGAAGAGUUUCAGUCGAGCUACGCAUGUCAAAAUCCACCAGCGCAUCCACACAGGAGAUAAACCGUAUAGCUGUGUCACUUGUGGGAAGUGUUUCAGUCAGAAAGGUUACCUGAAGACCCAUCAGGUGGUUCACACAGGAGUAAAAGACUUCAGGUGUCAUGUGUGCGAGAAGAGUUUCAGUCAAGCAAGCUGUCUUAAAAAGCACCAGCGAAUUCACACGGGAGAGAAACCGUUCAGCUGUGAACAAUGUGGGAAAUGUUUCGCUUACCAAAAAUCUCUUAAAGAACACAAGUGUGUCUCUGUUUUGAAAUAGACUGUUUUGAA